GUGCUGUCGGAUAGUUGGUGAAAAAACCAAGAAGAACGUGACAACAAGCGGUUUUCCAUCAUUUCCAUCAUCAUCCAUUACUAUUGUUGAGAAAUUUCGAGCUGAACUAUAAAGAUGCGAUUACCAUCAUCGAAGAUGCAACUUACCAGAAGGGCCUUAGGCCCUUUCGUUGGAGCAAUUGCAAAGAAAUUGGAACAUUACAGUCAAUUCCAACCAUCAUCAUUGACAAUUCAACAAUAUUUGGAUUUUGGACGGAUAGGUACAGCAGCCACUUCAUAUACAUUUCUGAAGAAUGAACUCAUGGUGCGACUUGCCAACAUAAUGCAGGAAUUCUCUUUAUUACCUCCAAAAUUGCUACAAAUGCCUAGUUCAAAAAUGGUUAGCAGCUGGUACUGCGAAAGUUUCGAAGAUCUUCUGAAGUUCGAGAAUGCAGGCGCGACUAUUGAGAAUGUGACUGCUUUCAACGAUCAGCUACAAACAAUUCUCAAACGACAUGCACAUGUAGUAGAGACAAUGGCUGAAGGGUUAAUUGAACUACGAGAAACGGAUGGGGUUGAUAUCGCUAGUGAAAAAGGCAUACAGUACUUCCUUGAUCGAUUUUAUAUCAAUCGUAUUUCCAUACGAAUGCUUCAAAAUCAACAUUUGGUGGUUUUCGGUAACGUGUUGCCUGAAAGUCCUAGACAUGUUGGUUGCAUCGAUCCUGCUUGCGAUGUGGAAAGCGUAGUACAUGAUGCUUUCGAAAAUGCAAGGUUUUUGUGCGAUCGUUACUACCUCACAAGCCCAUCCAUGAAGUUGGAAUUGCAUAAUGCAGUGGAUAAAGGCAAGCCCAUCUCGAUUGUUGCUGUGCCAAGUCAUUUAUAUCACAUCAUGUUUGAGUUACUGAAGAAUGCUAUGCGUGCCACAGUAGAGCACCAUGGUGUUGACGAUGAUCUUCCCGACAUCAAGGUUUUUGUGGUCAGAGGACAAGCGGACUUGUCGAUCAAAAUUUGCGAUCGAGGCGGUGGCGUCUCCCGAAGAAUUUUGGAACAAUUGUUCAACUAUAUGUACAGUACUGCUCCACCUCCUCCUAGGGAUGGAACCCAAGCCCCUUUGGCCGGCUAUGGAUAUGGUCUUCCCUUGUCGCGUUUGUAUGCACGCUACUUCCUCGGCGAUCUUUUCCUUGUUUCGAUGGAAGGCUAUGGAACUGAUGCUUGUGUAUAUAUGAAAGCAGUACCAGUGGAAGCCAGUGAGGUGCUUCCCAUUUACAGCACUUCAUCACGUAGAAAUUUGACAAUGGGGCCUCAAGUAGCAGACUGGUCUCACAAUUUACCGGGACAAGGGAUGAGACCUGGAUGAGGAAGAGGCCUUGUCUUUCGGAGACCGCGAUGUUCUGCUGACCAAGCGUACUGAGAUGUUCAGGUUCGGGUGCCUCCAUCAUUGAUUGAACAGGUCAAUGCUUCAAAAAUUACGGCAUAUAAUUAUCGUAUGUAUCAUUUAUACAUGAAGUUAUUUAUUAUCACAGCCUGAGUUGAUAUGAGUCGUUGACAAAUUUGUACUGUUUCGCAUGCAUGUUUUAUUUAUCUCGGGUUUGUUAGAGAGUUUGCACUAAGGUGCUAGGUAUCUCUUCCAUUCAUGAGUAUCUAACUGCCUGAUAUGACUGUAUAUACUUAGCAUUUCUGUCACCCGAACUAAUCGUGGGAAAGCGUAUCUGUAUCUGUUGAAUAUACCGUCCUUUCUACUUUCUAUAUAUGUGUUUGCUUUCCUCGAUGCUGGAACUGUUCUGCGUUCCUCUUCUCUUCACACCAACGAAACUGUGUUUUGACCAAUUUGCGAAUUUAUACAAUUUGUUAUCUUGAUAAAAUUGCAGUCUCACUAAUGAAAAUGUGCAGGAU